CUCCCGGUCUCUGAUGAUCUAACAAGCCAAACCUCCUCUCUCUCCCGCGCUCGUGCGCAUCACUACACGUCUACAGUCUACACCCGAAGCCUUGUGCCAACCACCACCGCUCGCCGACCCGGUAAAACCAGUAGUUCGCCGCCGCCUGCCGCUCUCUCCUUCUCCCGAGCAUGCAGCCGUGGUCCAUCGCUGCGGCGGCGGCCGCCGCGCCAUUCCCGCCGCUCCCGCCGUCAUGGGCGCACCAGAUCCGCGUGGCGGCGUCGCAGGGGGACUUCCACCACGCCAUCGCGCUCUUCCUCCGGAUGCGCGCCUCCGACCCCGCCGCGGCCUGCUCCUCCGUCCUGACCUCCCUACCGGGCGCGCUCAAGUCCUGCGCCGCGCUCGGCCUCCGCGCCCUCGGCGCGUCCCUCCACGCGCUCGCGCUCCGCUCCGGCGCGUUCGCCGAUCGCUUCGCCGCCAACGCGCUCCUCAACCUCUACUGCAAGCUCCCCGCGCCCCCGUCUCACUCCCCGGAAAUGGACGGAUCAGCGGUGGUGUUAGAGAGCGUCCGGAAGGUGUUCGACGAAAUGCCCGAGAAGGACGUGGUGUCCUGGAACACGCUGGUGCUGGGGUGUGCGGAGAGCGGGAGGCACGGAGAGGCUCUGGGAUUGGUCAGGGAGAUGUGGAGAGACGGGUGCAAGCCCGACUCGUUUACCUUGUCGAGCGUGCUGCCGAUCUUUGCUGAGGGUGCAGAUGUCAGGAGGGGGAUGGAACUUCAUGGGUUUGCGACCAGGAAUGGGUUUCAUGACGAUGUGUUCGUCGGCAGUAGCUUGAUUGAUAUGUAUGCGAAUUGCACUCGGACGGAUUACUCGGUCAAGGUGUUUGACAAUCUCCCGGUCCGUGAUGCGAUUCUGUGGAACUCGAUGCUUGCAGGGUGUGCACAGAAUGGGUCGGUCGAUGAGGCUCUCGGACUAUUUCGUCGUAUGCUGCAUUCUGGGAUCAAACCUAUGCCUGUGACUUUCUCAAGCCUUAUACCUGCCUGUGGCAAUUUGGCUUCAUUGCUUCUUGGGAAGCAGCUGCAUGCAUAUGUGAUCCGUGGUGGGUUUGAUGGUAAUGUGUUCAUAUCGAGCUCCCUGAUUGACAUGUAUUGCAAAUGUGGGAACGUCAGCAUUGCUCGUCGCAUCUUUGAUCGGAUCCAGUCACCUGACAUCGUAUCAUGGACUGCGAUGAUAAUGGGACAUGCAUUACAUGGCCCAGCAAGAGAAGCUCUGGUGUUGUUUGACAGGAUGGAGCUGGGAAAUCUAAAGCCUAAUCAUAUCACCUUUCUAGCUGUUUUAACUGCAUGCAGUCAUGCUGGAUUGGUGGACAAGGGUUGGAAGUAUUUCAACAGUAUGUCAGACCACUAUGGCAUUGUUCCUUCUCUUGAGCAUCACGCAGCACUUGCUGAUACCCUUGGCCGUCCAGGGAAGUUAGAAGAGGCGUACAAUUUCAUCUCUGGGAUGAAAAUAAAACCAACAGCAAGUGUUUGGUCCACAUUGCUAAGGGCUUGCAAGGUCCAUAAAAAUACUGUCUUAGCUGAGGAAGUUGCCAAGAAAAUUUUCGACCUUGAACCUAGGAGCAUGGGGUCUCAUAUAAUUUUAUCAAACACAUACUCGUCUUCUGGGAGAUGGAAUGAAGCAGCGCACCUGCGGAAAUCUAUGAGAAAGAAAGGCAUGCAGAAGGAACCAGCUUGCAGUUGGAUUGAAGUGAAGAACAAACAACAUGUGUUUGUAGCUCAUGAUAAGUCCCAUCCAUGGUAUGAAAGGAUUAUUGAUGCACUUAAUGUUUUCUCAGAGCAGAUGGUACGCCAAGGUUAUGUUCCCAAUACAGACGAUGUUUUCCAGGAUAUUGAAGAAGAGCAGAAGAACUCUGUGCUAUGUGGUCACAGUGAGAAACUUGCGAUAGUAUUUGGUAUUAUAAGUACACCUCCUGGAACAACAAUACGUGUGAUGAAGAAUCUACGAGUUUGUGUUGACUGCCACACAGUAACAAAAUUUAUUUCAAAAAUUGUUGGGAGGGAGAUUGUUAUGCGUGAUGCAAACCGUUUCCACCAUUUUAAGGAUGGAAUCUGUUCUUGCGGGGAUUUUUGGUGACUGAGCAAAAGCUUGGGAUUGCUUCAUGUUCAUGACAUGAGUUCCUAUUGCACAUGCCUCUGUACUGAGCAAUGAGCAUAUCUUUGAAAAGGUGGAGCUAUUCUGGAAUUUUGUUGGUGUCAAGGGCAAUGAAGGUUGCUUGGAGUAGUUAACUAGACAUGGAUCAUGUGGUUCUUCGCGUUGUGAGGCAGUCUGUUUCUUUUGAAGAACAACACAGCACUGUGAUAUUAUUUUAGCUAAUUCAAGCGCCAAACCAGAUCCAUCUGAAGUUCUAAACAACACAGCACUACAACGAUAUGUAUUAGCUCUUUUAAGGUAUUUAGGUAUUCUAAUUUAAAGAACAACAUAUUCAGGUAUACUUGCAACCUUUACUCUGGACACUGCUACUUUAUUGACAUAUAGAAUUCUGUUUGUUGGACAUGGUGCCAGCCACAUAAA